AUGACUAUGGAUUUUCUGUCUGAUAACUCAAAACGCUUCUUAGGAGUUUUCCAUCAUUUCUUUAUGACUUAUCCAUUAGCAUUGAUAAGCUUGUUCACUCCUGUCUUCCUGCUUUUUUCCUUCCAAUGGCACCUUAUAGCUCUAUAUGUUUGUUGGUGGUUUUAUGAUCGUGACUCUCCAUGUAAAGGAGGUUAUCGGAGCGAGUGGUGUAAAAGAUGGCAUAUACAUGAUUGGUUCGCUGAGUAUUUUCCUGUCAAAUUGCAUAAAACAACUGAACUUCCGCCCGAAAACAACUACUUGAUUGGUUGUCAUCCGCAUGGCAUUAUCGCUAUCUCCGCGUAUACAAACUUUGCUACAAAUGGCACUGGAAUCCUUGAAACGUUCCCAGGCGUGAACUUCAAACUAUGUACUUUGGAUGGAAACUUUAAGACUUUUCUUCGUAGAGAACUUCUCAUGCUUUACGGCUUCGUAUCAUGUUCAAAGGAAUCAAUCGAACACAUAUUAACCAAACAAGGAAAAGGAAAUGCUGUUGUUCUUGUGAUAGGUGGAGCAGAAGAAGCUUUAGACGCUCAUCCAGGAUAUCACUGCUUAACACUUCAAUCAAGGAAAGGGUUUGUACGAGAAGCUCUGAGAACCGGAGCUCACUUAGUUCCCGUAUAUUCUUUUGGAGAGAAUGAAAUUUUUGUUCAAAUACCAAAUCCACCGGGAUCUGCUUUGCGUCGUCUUCAGACAUGGAUGAAGAAGAAGAUUGGAAUGUCGUGGCCGUUAUUUCAUGGUCGAGGAUUUUUCCAAAUGACAUUCGGAUAUUUGCCAUAUCCAAAGCCUAUUAACACAGUAGUUGGUCGUCCUAUUCCGGUGACAAAGAAUGAAAAUGCGACGAAAGAAGAAGUUGAUGAACUUCACGAUAUUUACAUUAAAGAGUUAACAAAUUUGUUUGAAGAAAACAAAACAAAAUUUGGAGUCGAUAAAGACACAAAACUGGUUAUUCAAUAA